CGCCCGCUCGCCCGCCCGCCAUGGUGUCAUGGAUCAUCUCCAGGCUGGUGGUGCUUAUAUUUGGCACCCUUUACCCUGCGUAUUAUUCCUACAAGGCUGUGAAAUCAAAGGACAUUAAAGAAUAUGUCAAAUGGAUGAUGUACUGGAUUAUAUUUGCACUUUUCACCACAGCAGAGACAUUUACCGACAUCUUCCUCUGUUGGUUUCCAUUCUAUUAUGAACUAAAAAUAGCAUUUGUCGCCUGGCUGCUGUCUCCCUACACAAAAGGCUCCAGCCUCCUAUACAGGAAGUUUGUACAUCCCACGCUGUCUUCAAAAGAAAAGGAAAUCGAUGAUUGCCUGGUCCAAGCAAAAGACCGAAGUUAUGAUGCCCUUGUGCACUUUGGGAAGCGGGGCUUGAAUGUGGCGGCCACAGCAGCUGUGAUGGCUGCUUCCAAGGGACAGGGUGCCUUAUCGGAGAGACUCCGGAGCUUCAGCAUGCAGGACCUCACCACCAUCCGGGGUGACGGUGCCCCUGCCCCCUCCAGCCCCCCCCCACAGGGGUCUGGGCGAGCCAGCGGCAAACAUGGCCAGCCUAAGAUGUCCAGGAGUGCUUCUGAGAGCGCCGGCAGCUCAGGCACCGCCUAGAGUCCUUCGAUCCCGCUUUAGGAAGAAAAGUACCUCAUCCUCAGCCACUGAAACCACGUGAGUGAGAUGAGCCAACAGCACCGGACCCACAGAAUGUUUCUUCUCUGCCUUAAAGAGCUAGUCACUAAUAACAUAGAAAUCCGCAAGCUGGCGUGCUUUGAGUGUGCAGCCUCACAGACACAGCCUUUUCUCUCUCUCCUCUUACACUUUUAAGAUUUUUAUUUUCCUUUUCUUUAUUUUGCUGGGGAGAGGCUAAAGGGAAAGGUAGCUUGUGUGUGUGUGGGGGGGGGGGUGUGACCUUUAAGUCUUGAGGUUAGUAAUUUUCUGCAAUUGGAUUGUCAGCAGUGUGGUUUUAGAAAUAUAAGAGAUCACCCUCACACUGCUGAGAUGUACAUUUGUAAUUUAUUUGUUGCAUACUUCGUUUUUAGUCCUGUAAAUGCAAACAAAGCAAUUUUUUUAAACUUUUUUUGUUCUUGGUACUAAUACUUUGGACUACGGUGUACAUAUUUAUGGCUUUUGGCUUAAUGUAAUGGACUCGCAAGGGCUGCCAGAGGUUCUGAUAUGUAAGAAAACUACGAGAUAUGUAAAAAAUUAUUUUGAUUCUAGAGAAUGUCUCAGAUGUGCUUAUAAAGCUUCCAAAUACAACUCCAGUAAAACAGCCCUUUUCCUGUAGGACGAUGGUCCAUAUUCUUCAGAUAGAUGUUAAGUCAAUAGACCAGAGACGUUUGGAAUGAACAGACAAUAUUGUACUGACAGACACGAGUGUAAUGAGGCCAGGGGAACAGCCCAGAAUAAGAGAGGUCACAAGAAGCUUGUCUCCCCCUGGAUUCUGGGUUAAGAGCUUCUGAAUUUUGUCGAGGGAUGUACCAAUGGCUUAGGCAGGUGGCUCACCUUUGGUAAAACCUCCUGGGGAUGUGAACUCACAGGGCUGUUGUGAGGAAUCAUUUUAAGUGUUCCAUCAGUGCUUGACAAAUGAUUGUUUCUCCUUCAUAGUAACCAGUUCUGUGACUUAUUUCCCCAGGUAGAGGAGCCUAUAAUCUGAGCACUUGAUCAAGAGAACAGUAAGCAAAAACCGACCAAUCAACCCAAAACAAACCUAAAACUAUGUUUCAGAUAUGCUGUCAAAUACGUCUGAGACACCUGUCAAAAUGCUGGGUUCUAGAAAGGUUUCAGAGGUUGAGAUCUUUAUGGACUGACUUGCUGCUCAGCUCCCUGGGCAGCUGCGGCUCACACCCUUCCCGGCUUGUGCAGAAUGUGAACGAGAGAAGUCGCACUCAUGGGCACUCCGCGUCUUACCAGACGUCUUAUGCAAGCCGAGAUCACUUAGUAUAAUAGAGCACUAGCUAAGGGGACUCUCUACUUAGACUGAGAACUUUAUCUGAAAAGAAGAAUCUGGUUUACAUAGCAUUUCAGUCCGAGGUAGCUGCUCCCCACCCCCUUGGAGAGCUGAGCCUAAAAUGUAGGACUUGUAUAUUUGUGCUUAGAGUUGGUGUUUUCUUUCAGUGUAAUGCAUGCAGUGGUCACAAACCAGUCACUUAUAAUACUUGGAUUGUGUUUGUUCAUAGAUAUGCCCUGAUGACUAGAGAAUUAGUGUUAUGUACCACAUAGAACUUGCUGUCAACCGGCUAUAAACAGGCCCAGUUAAAGACCGUCUCAUUACUGAUCUACAUACACCAACAUAUAUCAGUAGUCUUUGCUGAUGGCACACUGGCUGGACCUUAGCCACCCGAGAAAGGGUUUUACCUGAAGUUGAUUGUUGCCAGAUAUGCACAUUUAAAUCCCUUCUUCCCACAAUUCCUCUGAAGGUGAGUUUGUAAUUUACAAUGGGAUUUAGGAAAACAAACCUAAAAGCAAAUUUGUGGUUCAGAGAGCAAACAUAGGCUCUUUAUGAUCUUUCCCCCACACCCACCAAUCCCUAAACCCAUUAGGGAAGACAGAAAAUCUAAUUUCUUAAAGCUCACUGAAUAGUUUCAGAGGAAAAAUAUAUGCUUUAAAUGUAUUUACCUGUUAGUUGGGAGUACCCAGAAUUAUCAGAAACAGCUUAAGCAGCUUUUUAGCAGUGUUUUUUUCUUUUCUUUGCCAAAAUAAUAAAUGCCUUUAGCAGCAGAGAUCCUUCGUGAACAAACUAUAUUUUCACCAUUUUACAAUGUAAAGUUUUAACAAGUACAAGCUAUCAAGUUUGCACUCAACUAUGCCAAAAACAAGUUUGAAGCACUCUACUCUCAGACAUGCUGUAUUACUGCUCAUUCAAGAUUUAAAAAAUUUAAAGGUAUCCAAACUGCUGUCUUAAUGUAAAUGUAACUAUUUUUCCUUCAAGUGUUGAUUAGGGAGUUGGUUUCUCUCUUAAAAACACUCACUGUACAAAUGAGAGCAGCUGUCAUAUUUCUGGCAAAAUGUGUUUACUUAUCCAACAAGCUGUAUAUUUGUGUAUGGACUGACAUAAAAUGUGAAUGCCUCCAAGUGUACAUGUAGUGCUGUGGUGUUCUGUCUAGAGGAUAUAACUGAACGUUUUUAAUUUCCUGAUUUACAGACAUAGGCUGUUUACAAAAUGCUAGCUUGAAAGUCUGUAAUUUUCAUGUAAUAACUUUUAGUUAUUUGCCGUUGAGCACCUGUUCUGUUUCUGAGGAGGUAAGAUGGGGCGGUGUACUUAUACACUAGGAAAUGGAGUCAUAAUCCCUCCUGGCUUUGUGUGAAUAGCUUGCUCACUUCACUGGCCUCUGAAAUGUGUGUAAACUGUCCGUGUGUUUGUGAUAACAGUGCUUGUCCACCAUGACCACAGCUGAGUAUCUUCCUAGUCCUUGCCUUGCACAGUAUUGGAAACGGCAAAGGAUGUACUUCAUUCUCAAAUGGCACACACUCAAAGAGCUGACGUUCUCGGUUGUGACUGUGCAGUUUCCCUAGUUUAUUCCUGUAGUCCCUAUAGAAUGAUCUGUGAUAAAAUAGUAUACUGGACUGUGCAUCAAAGGGAUGUAAAAUUACAGUAUUCCAAAGGUUGAAGUUCUGCUGUUUUGUUACAAUGCCUGAUAUAUACCUUGAAUAAAGUCUUAACGUUUUUCUUUUAAAAAA